UAGAUUUCUGCCUCAGAAUGUCGUGGCAACGUAUGAGUGUAGUAGUCGACCGCUAUGAACGUCUAGCCACUGGUCAGCUGCGGGAUUUGCGUAAACUACAGCGAAUGGCCAUGAAUCGAAACACGGAUUCCGCAUCUAUAAGAGACCAAAUUGACCGAAUAGGUCAAAAUUUACAAUCAAGUCUUACUCAACUACUGGGUGAACGUGAAAAUCUUGAUGCUGACGGAAGGGAACAGUUUGAUACACGCGUUGAUUCUAUACGGAAACAGAUCCAAGCUGCCAUACAAGCAACGGCAUCAUUACCUCCACUAGAGUCCAAGAAUCCGUUUGAAGAGCCAAGUGAAGAUGAGUCAAAUCCAUAUGAAUUGGAGGGAAGAAGAUACAUGCAAGAAACAGACUCACGAGCUCUUGAGUUGAAAGCAAAAGCAGAAGAGGCGAAAAUGAUGGCUGAUGCGACAGCCAAAUUGAAUAAGGACAUGAGAGACCUAGAGGAGAUAUUCGCAGAGCUGGCAACUAUAGUACACGAACAACAUGAAGUUGUUGACUCUAUUGAGGAGAAUGUUGAAAGAGCCACACAUGAAGUAAAACACGGUAGCGAACAACUGAAAAAGGCUGUGAGAAGUAAGACCAAUCGUACGACUGUCACGGCAGCUGUAGUGGGCGGUGUUGCUGUCGGAGGACCAGUAGGGUUGGCGGCGGGAUCAGCUGUAGCUGGCGUUGCAGCUGGAGUGGCGGGUUUGGUCGCAGGACUUUACAGCGGAAAAUGGUUCAAAAACGCGGUAAGAAAAGAUUGUGAUAUCAACAAUUAGCCAUGAUAUGCCGAUCUCUUGUGAUCUGCCCGGUUCCUUGAUAUCUAAUCAUGCACAUUGUCACUUGUCCAAAAUCUUGCUGUACAGCUUGUAUUAUCUGUAUGAAUGAUGGAGCUUUACAUUGUAUAUGUGAAGGUUUCAAUUCACUCCUGAUGACUUUGCCAUUCCAGUCAUGAACAUAUCAUUUGUGCAACAUUUUCUUAUAGAGAACGGAUUUUUUUGAAUUUUUCAAAUUGCAUGUUUAUAAAUGCUCUUGCAUAGGAUGCGUAACUUUACAAGUUCUAGUCUUUCCAUUUGAUGC